UCAAAGCAUAUUUGGGACAGAGAUCAGGUUUCUAACAAACAACAUGGCCGAUAAAUGGAUUUUGCAUCUAAAUUCUGCACAUAAAACGUGUAUUGUGCAGGAAGGAAGGAGGAAAGUCCACUACACGUUUACUGACGGUAAUGAAAUGGCGGAGGAAUAUGAUCAAAGAAGUGGUGAACUUGUUGUAAGAAAAUGGAGAAGAAAGGGGACGUUUGGUAACAAGGGGACCAGCUGGGAUUUUGAAGUUGGAGAACAACUGAUGGCAAAUAAUCUUGACUCUGAAGGAAUGAUGGAAAGCUCAAGUAAUCCAAUCUUCGUCAGGAAAGAUACCAAAGAGGCAUUUCAGUGGAGAAUUCGGAACAUUCCAUACCCUAUACAUGUUUAUAGUGUGACAAUUGACGACGACAAACAGAAACUCAUCAUCCGAACAUCAAACAAAAAGUAUUAUAAGAAGUUUGCGAUUCCUGACAUGGAGAGAGUUGGCUCCCUAUUAUCACAAGAGAACAUCAACACUGCCCACGCGAACAAUACUCUCAUCAUCACAUAUAAAAAACCAAGGAAUAUAUUAGAAAUGGAAAAGAAAAUAUCUGAAGAAAUGAAGAAAUUAAAAGCCAGUAAAGAUGGUGACGUUGACUGUACACCAAGCUGAUGUUGUUUAUGUGUAUUAUAAUGGCCGGCAGCUGUAUGAAUCACACACAGUUCUGUCAGACAUUGCUGUACUAGAGAGGUUGUGUAAGAAACUAUUAAUUCAGGUUUCAUUUCUCAGAGAAACCUUAAAUAUCAAAGCAGUUCAUUUCAUCAAAAAUGAUUUGAUGUUAAAUAGUACCGAGAUGAUCAUGGCAAGUGACAAUUGUCCGGUGUUACCCAGAGUAUUAGGAAUAUCUGUCUAAUCCAAUUACUGAAUAUUUUUAUAUCAGACCCGUGGGUAUUCUGAUAUCCGUUCUAAUCUGACCCCUGAGUAUUGUGACAUACAACAUAACUGCUGAAAGCUACCAUAGACAUAAGAUAUUUAGUCUAUCUCCACAUUAUGUCUGAUAUCAUGUGUGCCUGUCUAAUCUGACCAACACUUGGUGUCCUACAGUAUGUCAGAUUACACAGGUUAACUUGACUAAUAUAUGUGGUCCAUGAAGUGUCUUACUAUAAAGUUAUACUGUACAUGUACUUCCAAUUUAUUUUCAUAUAAAAUUGAAAUCUAGUGUAUAUGAUCGUAACCCCUGGAGAAUCAAGGGUGACAAUCCUUAGGUAUUCUUUGUUAUCCUACUUGAUAAAAAUUCAGUUAAAAUGUUGAAGUGUUGUAGAAGAAAAUUAUUUUCCCCUCAGUUGACAGAUACACUCCCAUCUUUGGUGAAGAAAAGAUAAUUUUUCUUUCACCAUUCACAGAUUUGUCUCCCCUUCUACCUGUUCAAGAUUUCUCUGUCCAUCCUGGGGUGUGAUAUCCGUCACCCCUAGGGUGUGAUUUCUCUGUCCAUCCUGGGGUAUGAUAUCCGUCACCCCUAGGGUGUGAUUUCUCUGUCCAUCCUGGGGUGUGAUAUUCGUCACCCCUAGGGUGUGCUUUCUCCGUCACCCCUAGAGUGUGAUUUCUCUGUGACCUUUAGAGUGUGAUUUCUCUGUGACCUUUAGAGUGUGAUUUCUCUGUGAACCCCUAGGGUGUGAUUUCUCUGUCCAUCCUGGGGUGCGAUAUCCGUCACCCCUAGGGUGUGAUUUCUCCGUCACCCCUAGGGUGUGAUUUCUCUGUCCAUCCUGGGGUGCGAUAUCCGUCACCCCUAGGGUGUGAUUUCUCUGUCCAUCCUGGGGUGCGAUAUCCGUCACCCCUAGGGUGUGAUUUCUCUGUCCAUCCUGGGGUGCGAUAUCCGUCACCCCUAGGGUGUGAUUUCUCUGUCCAUCCUGGGGUGCGAUAUCCGUCACCCCUAGGGUGUGAUUUCUCUGUCCAUCCUGAGGUGCGAUAUCCGUCACCCGUAGGGUGUGAUUUCUCUGUCACCUCUAGGGUGUGAUUUCUCCGUCACCCCUAGGGUGUGAUUUCUCUGUCCAUUCAUAGGGUGUGAUUUCUCUGUCCAUCCCAGUAGCGUGUGAUUUAUCUAUCACCCCUAGGGUUAGAUUUCUCUGUCACCCCUAGGGUUAGAUUUCUCUGCCACCCCUAGAUUGUGAUUUCUCUGGAGACCAUUAUGACAGAUAAUAUAUACUGAUAACUGUUAAUACAAUGACGUCAUGUUAACAAUACAAUGUCACGUUGAUAAUUCAUCACGUCGCAUCAACAUUGUGUUAAAAUAUUUUUUGAUAUGUGAACAACAAAACUCUCAUACAAUAAAUGGUAUGACAGGAGAAAAAAUAAUCAUCUGUACCUUGUGAGCUGUGACAGAGAAAUUUCCAACACUCGGGGUGAUAUUCUUCAUUUUCUAACCACUGGAUGAUCCUCACGAUACACGAAAGAAUAUCACUCCUUGGGCAGGAGAUUUCUCCGUAAUACCCAACCCUUAUUUUGAAAACAUCACUCGCAAUAGGAUGGUACAUUUGUAUCAUCACUUUAUGAAGCAUAACCAUAUCACAAUCAAGUGACAUCAUCUAUUGUACAGUACCAUAAUCGUGUCAUUGAUGGAGGCCCCGCAGGUAUUCAUCACUUGACUAAGCCCAUGCUACCCCUGGUUCUUUUGCAGACAAACAUUCAUUUUAUUACAUGAUCACCCUUUUAUCCAGUGAUUUUGCCUUUGCAAUAAUGUUGCUAGUGUACUAUACCCUGGGCUGUUUUUCAUCUGCUCCAAUCAGAAAUAGAUUGUGACGUCAUAAUAUUCACGAGGAUGUGACGUCAUGAAUUGUAAAUGCCACAAGUAAUGGAUGUCUCCCUUUUCAUGAAGUCAUCCACAUUUUGUCAAAAUGUAAUUUUUUUCAGUUACAUUGUGAUAAAGAGUAUGCAUCUUUAACUUUGUUUUUCAUUUCAUUACAGUUCCGCUUAACUUUAAAAUUCUUACCCUUAAUUCUUUUCAAGGCAAAUAUUUGAUCAUGUGUGUUCAGUGUCAACUAUUUAUUGCCGAGAAGUAAGUGUUGGAGCAACAUGUGUACAUUGUACAAACGCUAUUGCAAAAAAAAAACCCGGAAAAUUCCAUAUUUCUCUUUUUGUACACUUAGAUGCGUUUCUGUACAUUUUUGGGUAUAAAUUGCUUAUCCUAGCCUUACAAUGCAGCAAAUUGACAGGAGAAGGUCAGUAUAACUGUUUGGCUGUCUGCCAUUAUAUUGUAGAGGGAAAUGUGGAAUUAUUCCUGUUUUUGGAACAGCGCUUACAGUACAUGCUUGUUAGGUAAUAGCAUAAUACACCAAUGUUACAAGAAAUGUUUUUAGAGAGAAUAACAUGAUCGUAGAAAGGAAAUAUAACUACAAUGUAUACAACAUGUAGAUGUUUACAUACAUUGUUUGAAGGAUUUUAUUUUACAAGGGAUUUUUUUGGCAUGUUUUCCAAAUGAAUUAUUAUUAUACUAUGUAAUUUCACAUUUUAUUCAAAAUGCUGUGUUCAACAAGGAAUAUUAUAUAUACAUGUAAAAUCCAACAUUCAAUAUAUAUGCAAUUGUAUUGUUUCAUGAGACUGUUGGACAAAUUAAUCCACUAUUAAAAAGACUGUCAACUAGUUUAAUGUCAUCGUACGUUUAACAUUAGCUGACUUUAGACGAGGAUAGAUAAUUUGAGACUGAAUAGCCUGGUUCUCAUGAACAGAAAAACUCUUUAUAUUAUAAACUUGUAACUGCUUCACAGUGUACAGAUUAUUUGGUUUUUGGUCUAUUCAUUAAGCAGUUUAUUAUCUAGUUCCAUCCUAAUACAACAAACUUAAAAAUAAUUGUAAGACACGUGUGAUAACACUAUUGUGGCAUCGUUAAUGAAUGACAUCGAUGAUAACACACAAAUGUUUUGUUAAUGAAACACACUGUCCCAGUUAACAACAGCCCGUCUAUCGGAGAAAGCUUGGUUAUGUUCUCGCGAAUAUAAGUAUCUGGUUAACCAAUCAGAGUCUUGUAUAACCAGAGACAGAAUCAAUAUUGGGUAUAAUCCAUUAAACUUUUAAAACAUUAAUUCAACUUAAGGCUUGUGACAGAUCAAAUUAUAUAACUUGUUAAACUCAUAGGUUAUAUGAUGAUGACAGUGAAAACAAAUUACUCUUAGGUAUUAUUUUAUUAACUUUUUCAACUCGAGUCUUUUCCUUGAGAACUGCACAUCACGUAUACAUAUCUUUGAUAUCUUUUCUCAGAUUCAAUAUUUUAACUUUUGACACUUGUACAAGGUCCUCAUACCCCAAUAUGUUUUCACAUCUUCUACAAGACAUGAUACCAGCUGUAUGUACCCGAAUGUGUUUUUAACACAUCAGUAUAGUUUUACUUUUCUGCUACUUUUACAAGUGUACACCAUUUUACUCUGGUUGUAACUGCUAUGGUCUUCUCCUAUAAACAAUACAGUACAGAUCAAAACUGGUAUUCCUUCUCCCUAGAUAAAAAGCUGUGGUAUAUACAUUGUAUGGUACCAACAGUAGUGCCAUCUUGUGAAGUUUAAUUGUCAGAUAAUAUUUUUCAUUGGAUUGUGAUAUGUGGACAUAAUUGAUAAAUACUUGAAAUAUCCAAUCUUGAUUUCAUAUGACAGAAAAUUUUGUAUGCGCUGAUACAAAUGUUUAUGUUACAUUGUAAAAAUAAAUUAAUAAUACAAU